AUGACUACAUUUCUGAGGCGACUGAGUCUCUUCGCCAGGUCUCUGCCAUCCACCUCAUCAUUACCCGUUCACAAGCUGUUCCAGCCAAUUGCCCGCACAAUGGCCACGUCCGUCUCCGCCGUCCUCCGACAGCCAGUCAAGCUGGCUUGCAUCCAGCUGGCCAGUGGCGCCGACAAGGCCGCGAACCUUGCGCACGCCCGGGACAAGGUCCUUGAAGCUGCAAAGGACGGCGCCAAGAUCAUCGUGCUCCCAGAGUGCUUCAACUCGCCUUACGGAUGUGACUACUUCCCCUCGUACGCCGAGACGCUACUGCCGAGCCCGCCCUCCAAGGACAAGUCGCCCUCGUACCAUGCGCUGUCGGCCAUGGCCGCCGAGACCAAGACGUACCUGGUCGGCGGCUCGAUACCAGAGGCGGACCCGGACCCGGCGUCCAAGAAGUACUACAACACGUCACUGACGUUUGGACCAGACGGAAAGCUGUUGGCCAGCCACCGCAAGGUGCACCUGUUUGAUAUUGACAUUCCCGGCAAGAUCACAUUCCGCGAGAGCGACGUGCUGUCACCGGGCAACAAGGUGACCAUUGUCGACCUGCCAGACUAUGGCAAGAUCGCCGUGGCCAUUUGUUACGAUAUCCGCUUCCCAGAGCUGGCCACCAUUGCCGCGCGCAAGGGCUGUUUUGCUCUCGUGUACCCUGGCGCCUUCAACACCACCACGGGCCCUCUGCACUGGAGCCUGCAGGCCCAGGCCCGCGCCAUGGACAACCAGAUCUAUGUGGCCAUGUGCAGUCCCGCGCGCGAUGUGAGUGCCACAUACCACGCCUGGGGCCACAGCCUGAUCGCCGAUCCCAUGGCCAAGAUUGUGGUCGAGACAGACGAGAAGGAGAGUAUUGUCAGCUGGGAGAUUGAUCCUAAGAAGAUCGAAGAAACCCGCAAGAACAUCCCGCUCGUUGGCCAGAGGCGCUUCGACGUCUACCCAGAUGUCAGCGCUGGCAAGGUACGAUUUGAGGAGCCCAACGUGCCAAAGGAGUAG